AUGUCAGAAGUCCAAAUAAAAGAUAUUGCACUUGCAAAAAUUGAGGAUUUGCUCCAGUCAAAUGGCAGGUCAUUGAAAGAAUAUUGUGGAAUGCCAUAUCCUUCAGAAAAUUUGGUGUCCAGCUUAGAAGACAAAAUUAUAAUGAAAAAGUUGAACUUUGACGUUAAUGCUCUUGCGAAUGAACUAGGUGGGUAUUUAGAAAGGCUAACUAAUGAGCAAAAAUUUGCAUACGAUCAAAUAAUUGGUGCUGUUAGCGGUAAUAUGGGUGGACUUUUCUUCUUAUACGGUCAAGGUGGUUGUGAAAAAACGUUCUUAUGGUCAACUAUAUCAUGCUCAAUUAGGUCUAAAGGAGGUAUCGUUUUAAAUGUUGCUUCGAGUGGGAUUGCUGCACUUUUGUUGCCUAAUGGAAGAACUGCACAUUCAAGGUUUAAAAUUCCUUUGGCCAUAAAUGAGGAUUCUUUGUGUAGCAUUAAACAAGGAAGUCCUCUUGCAAGGUUAAUAUCCAAGGCCAAAUUAAUCAUAUGGGAUGAAGCUCCAAUGAUAAGUAAGUAUUGUUACGAAGCUUUAGACAAAUGCCUCAGAGACAUCUUAAGGUGCUCAGAUUCGUAUAAUGCUCAUUUGCCAUUUGGAGGUAAAGUUGUUGUUCUCGGAGGAGAUUUUAGACAAAUUUUACCUGUGAUUCCUAGAGGCUCAAGGCAAGAUAUAAUUCAGUCUUCUAUUAAUUCUUCAUAUUUGUGGCAUAACUGUAAGGUUUUGAAGCUUACAAAAAACAUGAGAUUGUCACUAGAUGAAAACAACAACAUACAAGAACACAGAAAUUUUGCAGAACAGCUACUCAAAAUUGGUGAUGGUUUGGCUGGUGAUACAACAGAUGGUGAAUCGAUCGUUCAUAUACCAUCUGACAUUUUGAUUAAGAACUCUGAGACAGCUUUGGAUGACCUCAUUGAUUUCGUGUAUCCAGAUAUGUUAUCCAAUUUAUCCGUUGAAAAUUAUUUCAAGGAUAGAGCAAUUUUUGCACCAACUUUGGAUUGUGUCAGUGAUGUCAACAACAAGAUGACUGCAGGAUUACCUGGACAUGAAAGAGUCUACUUAAGUUCAGACUGUGUGUGCUGA